AUGUCCCGCUAUGGAAUAGGUAUUACAAAAUUCAAGGAGAUACGUAAUGCUAUGGGACUUCAGCGUACUCGGCAGCAAAACCACACCAUUGAAUCCAUCCGUGAUGCCAUGACAGACCUUCAUGAGGCAUAUCCAAAUGCUGGGGCUCGAGAAAUGGUAUCACUGCUGUUUCACAAGAAGGAUAUGAGCAUGUCAAGGAAUGUGGUUAUUUCAUACUUUGCUGCAUACGAGGCAGGCCUUGUGUGCCAGCGGAAAGCCCGUCAGCUUCAGCAGAGGCGAUUCUGGGUGGCUGGUGUGAACAACUUGUUCACUGUGGAUCAACACGACAAAUGGUUUCGUUUCAGUCUUGCACUGCACACGGGAAUAGAACCAUUCUCCGGUCAUAUCAUGUGGAUACGAGUUUGGCACUCGAACUGCAACCCCCAGCUUAUACUCACUUAUUAUCUCGACACCAUUGAGAAACUAGACAUUCCUAUGAUUACUCAGAGCGACCCAGGAUCUGAGAACUAUGGAAUUGCCAAUGCGCACACCAUGCUGCGCCAAAUGUACGAUUCGUCACUGCAGGGCACAUUGCAACACCGGUGGAUGCGCAGCAAGAAGAAUGUUAUGCCCGAAAUUGCCUGGUCUCAGUUAUGCCGUAGUUUCAUGCCCGGCUAUGAAACACUAUUGGACGAAGGUGUGGAAAGUGGUUGGUACGACAGCGAUAAUGUUCUUCAGGUCAUGGUAUUUCGGUGGGUAUUCAUUCCAUGGCUGCAAUGUGAAUUGGACAGGUAUCAAGACCGCGUCAAUAAUACUGCGAAAAGAUGUGAUCGUAACAAGAUUUUGCCUCAUGGCAUGCUGAACCUAAUCUACGACUCCCCCGAAGACUUUGGGGCAAUGGACUUUAAGGUGAUCGUUGAUCAAGACAGCAUAGAUCAUGUACGACACAUGUAUGUCAAGCCUGACCAUCCCGUAUUCGACUUGGUGCCUCGACCACUUGAUCAAUACAUUCAACACCAUUAUGAUGACCUUGGUCGGCCUCCAGUCAACCACCAAUCAGCCUGGCGUGUCUACUUAGAUAUACUUCACUCUAUCCAAAUUGCCACACAGCUGCUGCCAUUGAUCCAUGUUUUCAUUGAGGAAGACCCCUUGCCUCUCCUCGAACAUGAGAGGGAGUUACUAUGUGCCAAUGAUGCACACUACAUGGGCGGUGUACGUGGAGGACUAGAUCUUGAUGCAUCUGACCAUCGCCAAUUGGAUUUACUCGCAGAGCAGGAUGAACCGGACACAUCUUUACUUCCUGCUGAGCAAGUUGUUGAAGAGGAGGGGUUAGCUGCUUGGUUUUCUGAUGAGGAAGAGGCUGACGAAACAGAUGAUUGGUAGAUAUUAUAGCAAUGCUAGGAAGUGCCGGUCCCCGACUCCAAUGAAACGGAUUGAUUGAUAUUGCAGGUUGUACAAAGCAAU